AAAAUGGGAUGGGUUGAAGUUGGAGUAAGGUAUUGUGUAGUGGAAAUAAGACAGUUGCAGCAAGCCCUUGUUCUUAAUCUCUAAGGGUUGAGCACAUGUCGUAAGACAAUAAAUUGAAUAAAGCAUGUAUUUUUUGCCAUACUGGGAGGAUAAGAAUGACUAAGGGAUUUGGGAACACAAUGUAAUUUGCAAUGUUUGUUUUCCUUUCUGCCAAGUCUUCUGCAGCUUCUUUUUUUCCUUGAAAAUAUACAUUAACAGUUAAUAGACAUGUUACUCUACAGAUGCAAAGAAGCAGAUUCAAGCAUUUGCUACCCAGACCAUUGCUUCUCGAUUUACAUCUACCAUACAGUCCGCAUUUAGUGUCGUCUGAGAUCUUUAAGGAGAGAAAGAUGGAAUGCAAUGGAAGUAUGCACUUGUAGUAAAGAUUUGCAUUACAUAAGAAAAAGAGUUUUUGGCCAAAUAAAACAACAAAUUAAGAAGAGUUCAAAAAGGAGGCGAUUUUUUCGCUGGGCGAUUCAGCUAGCCUCUCGUUUCCCCUUCUUGCUUCUACUUUCUACUCGGCCUCCUUUUGCAAGCGCCGUGAAUCAUAAAACGCUCCAAUAAGGGAAGUGGUUCUGCGUUUUGUCUCUCUGUGGGUUUGAAGUUGGGGAUUUCAUUUCGAAGGAAUCAUGUGAGAAUUAAAAUGGUAUGGAAUUUUCAUCGAAUGGGGUGUAAAUUAGAGAAGCGCAGCUUUUUGGGCACUGUGUUAUAUUUUGUCGUUUAGCAGAGGACUUUGUUGAGGCUAGUUUCUGACACAUCUUUUUCAAAAACAGAAGUGAGGUGGCAAAAGGAGUGGGCGGGUGUCUAAUGGCGAAUGUUAAAGCAACUGCAGCUACCAUUUGCUCUAAUGUGUUUUUUAUGUGAUUUGGUCUAAGAACCAACCACGCCCAUUCUUGUUUGGAUAAUAUGAUGACUUACCAUUUUUUUUAGAAUAUAGGAUGAUAAUUUUG